CGAGGCGGAGCGCUUCCUCCGCGCGGUGGACGACAUCCGCCGCCUCGCGCCGCCGUCCGGGCUCGGGGGCGGCGGCGGCGUCCGGGCUCGGCGGCUCCGGCGCCGUGCAGGUGGCCAUGGCGCGGCUCGAGGACGAGUUCCGGCACGUGCUCUCCUCCCGCGCCUUCGACCUCGAGAUCGAGGCGCUCGCGGACCUCACCUCGCUCUCCACCAUCUCCGGCGACCGCUCCAGCUCGCUCUCCUCCGUCGACCUCCCCGCCGUCGACGAGGACGACCCCGUCGCCUACCGCGUCGGCCGCCGCAGCAGCUACCGCUCGCUGCGCAGCAUCCGCGAGAUCGACCUCCUCCCCGACGACGCCGUCGCCGACCUCCGCGCCAUCGCCUCCCGGAUGGCCGCCGCCGGCUACGGCCGCGAGUGCGCGCAGGUCUACGCCUCCGUCCGCAAGCCCGCCGUCGACGCCUCCCUCCGCCGCCUCGGCGUCGAGCGCCUCAGCAUCGGCGACGUCCAGCGCCUCGAGUGGGACGCCCUCGAGGCCAAGAUCCGACGCUGGAUCCGCGCAACCCGCGCCGCCGUACGCCGACAUUGCACCACCAUCGGGUGCGUGGCCGGCAUGGUCGAUGCUGGUCGAACACCUUCCAGGCAUCCUCACGAGCGCCGUGUGUGGGGAGAUGACUGGAAAAGUGUAGCUCCCCAUGCCAAAAAUAGGUCCAAUCCGGACCAAUUUCUAUCCGGAUUAUGCCCCGGGGGCCUCCAACGAGUGGGGAUGCUCUAA